ACUGAAGUCUCUUGUAUCGUCUCACAUCCAUCACAGAUCAGCCGUGGUUCUGCUCUCCGAUCCAAAGGUUACAAUGGCAACAAUUAGAAAUUUGAAGAUCAAGACAGCCACUUGCAAACGUAUUGUUAAGGAGCUGCACUCAUAUGAGAAAGAGGUUGAGAGGGAAGCUGCAAAAACGGCGGACAUGAAGGAGAAAGGAGCUGACCCUUAUGACCUGAAGCAACAGGAAAAUGUGCUGGCUGAAUCAAGAAUGAUGAUUCCUGAUUGCCGUAAGCGUCUAGAGGCCUCAUUGGCUGACCUUAAAGGAACCUUGGUUGAGUUGGAGGAAGCAAACGAGAAAGAAGGCCCGGAAUUUGAAGAUGCCCGAGCCACCAUUUCAGAGGUUGAAAAAUUGUUUCAAACAACAGAGGCCUAGUCAGUAGUAUUGGAGCGGAGGAUAUUACUGAGUGUAACCAUUAAUUUCAAACUUGUGAUGUAGAUUGCCAUCAAUUUUUACCACUUUGUUUCCAAGACAAUGAUUGGUAUAAUAACAUUCUCGGAUGUGCUCUGAACGUUGGUUCUCGAUAUGAUUCUCUGAAGAAAAUUGAGGAUGAAAUUUCUCUUUCAAAGAUUCCUACUUCUAGCCACUUCAAUCCUUAUUUUUAAGGUAUUUCACUUGGAAUUUAGAUGGUUUGUUGUGUUUUAUCCAUUGGAAACCAUAACCUUUGAUGAAUAGUGAAUUGUAUGCUACUUUCAUCAAGUGUAGAUGCAGACAGAAUGUAUCCUAAGGCAUAAGAAAGCUGCUAGGAGGAAUAUGAGCAGAGGAUGAAGCGCAUAUGUAAUUGUUGUGGUGGGCAAUUACUGUCUUUUUUCUCAAUCCUGGCCAUUGUGGUCAUCAAUGUAAAUUCUGGUGGGGGUUGCACACCCGGUUAAUGAUAAAACAAAAGUUAGGUU